AUGGAGAGUUCAUCUCGGCUUCUCAAGACGCAGAUUCCGCCAGACUGGACAGAUAACCCGGUGAAUAUGGACAACGAUCGCUACUGGAAGCAGCCAUCCGGUGAAGGCCUGCCAAUGGCUAAAGAAUACGGGCUAAACGUGUCCAAGAUCAAGGGAAUCAUAUGCAGCUCCCAAGUGUCCGGCGAGUCCAUGUACAUGUUCGAGUAUGAGGGAAAAUACUACCUCUGGAACCAGAUUGAGCAGUCAGUCUGGCAGAUCGUCAGCCCGACGAAUCUGCAGGAUAUUUUGGUGGAGAUGGCCAAGGAAUCGGGCAGCACCAUGAAGAUGAAGGAGUUGGACCCGGUUGGAAGCUAA